GAGUGAGAAAGACAGCGAUAAUGCUGAUAUGAUAUGAUGCCCACACACAUCCACGGCAGCGGGGCGGAAAAAAAAGCUAAUCACUACCAACCUUCCAUAGAAUGAAACUCACAGCCUGGUGGGAUUUGGAAGCCAAAGUAGCUGCGAUUGCGAACUCAUUCCGACAUGGGCAACUGUGGCACUAGAGAGGAAUCUGCUGUUGUUGUUUCUCAUGCUCAAGUUCAACUGUUAUCUGAGAAGAAGCAAAGUCAGAGUCAGAAUCGUACCCUAUCAGAUCUGGGCGACUUCGAAGACUCGAGAAAAAAUGCGCUACUCUAUACCCACGUCAUUGCCUUCACUCUAUACGAGCUGGAGACUAUUACCAAGAGUUUCCGUUCUGACUACAUUCUUGGAGAAGGUGGUUUCGGAACCGUUUACAAAGGUUACAUUGAUGAGAAUGUAAGGGUUGGUCUCAAAUCUCUGCCUGUCGCUGUCAAGGUCCUCAACAAGGAGGGCCUUCAGGGUCACCGCGAAUGGCUUACCGAGGUCAACUUUCUCGGCCAGCUCAGGCAUCCAAAUCUGGUUAAGCUCAUCGGCUAUUGUUGUGAGGAUGAUCACAGGUUACUGGUAUACGAAUUCAUGUUCCGUGGAAGCCUUGAGAACCACCUUUUCCGAAAGGCAACUGUUCCUUUAACCUGGGCGACAAGAAUGAUGAUUGCUCUAGGAGCUGCUAAAGGGCUUGCAUUCCUUCACAAUGCUGAAAGACCAGUAAUAUAUAGGGAUUUUAAAACCUCCAAUAUAUUGUUGGACUCUGAUUAUACAGCCAAACUUUCUGAUUUUGGGCUUGCAAAAGCUGGACCACAAGGUGAUGAGACCCAUGUCUCAACUCGGGUGAUGGGAACAUAUGGUUAUGCUGCACCUGAAUACGUUAUGACUGGUCAUCUGACUGCCAGGAGUGACGUAUACAGCUUUGGGGUUGUUCUUUUGGAGCUUUUGACAGGAAGGAAAUCUGUUGAUAAGACAAGACCAAGCAAGGAGCAAAACUUGGUGGAUUGGGCUCGACCAAAACUGAAUGAUAAGAGAAAAUUACUGCAAAUAAUUGACCCAAGAUUGGAGAACCAAUAUUCAGUAAGGGCAGCGCAGAAGGCAUGCAGCUUGGCAUACUACUGUCUGAGUCAGAAUCCGAAAGCAAGGCCAUUAAUGAGUGAUGUAGUUGAAACACUGGAACCUCUACAAUGCAGCGGUGGUAGUGCAGGUGAAGUUUCCUCAUCUUUAAACCCAAAGCUAACAGGUGGUGGUGCUGGUCCAUUUGCAAUGGGUGGAGUUCCAGAUUACCGAGUGCGUCAUAGAUUUUCCAACAAUGUUGGUCCAGGUGCCAUUUGUAGGUCGCCCAAUCCAAAUUGUUCCCCUGGUGGCCCUGCAGCAUGCAGGGUUAGAUGAAAAUGUUACCUACUUGUACACUUCUU